CCACCUUGUUGCUCCCGCCUCCCUGCGAGGCCCCACUAAAUGAAUUCACACUACGUAGUAGGUGGAUUCGCCAGUUUCCUACUGCCCCCGACUUGACAUCUGGUCGCUUUUCAGAAAACCGCCAGUCAACGUCCAUCUCAUCGAAGCCGCACAAAUUUUGGGCCGUCUCGAUUGAAGGCCUCGUCCUAUCUCACCUCCUGCCUCCUUAGCCGUCCCGCUCCCCCGCCCUCGCCAUGGCGUCUAAGACCGUAUCGGCCAAGAAACAACAAGAGCUGCAGACGACGUAUUCGAACUACAAGAAUACGCUCCAGCAGCUGGCGCAGAAAAUCGGCGAUGUCGAGCAAGAAGCUGAAGAGCACAAGCUUGUCCUCGACACCCUGGAACCACUCCCAGGGGACCGCAAGUGCUUCCGCAUGGUCAACGGCGUGUUGGUGGAGCGGACCGUCCAGGACGUGAUUCCUGCUUUGCGGACGAACGCCGAGGGCUUGAAAAAAGUCCUCGACGACCUGGUCAAGCAGUAUAAAAUGAAACAAGACGAUCUAGAAAAGUGGAAGAAGAAGAACAAUAUUCAGGUGGUUCAGUCAUGACGCAACUCGAACGCCCGAAGCCCAAAGGGAUGUGGAUCCUGGGAUUUUCGUUAUAUUUACAGCACAGCGGGCAAGGGCCCUCGAUGCUCUCGAAGAACAGAUAUCUCAAGGUAGCCCGUUUGA